AUGGCUGGAGAGCCGUUUCCCGCCAUGCCUUCUACUUCGCAGCCGCAUCGGACUUCUAUAGAGAUGAAUCGGAUUGAAGAGCGGGAGGGCGACACAUACGACGAGGAGUUCAAUGACCGGUACGACGAAAAAUAUGAAAGAUUCGAAGCGCCAACCCUCGACACCUUCAACACAUCCAAUACAUUGGCCCCUCCCCAGGAAGACGCCGACCUUGUAUCCCCGAUAAGCCAGCGUGCCGAGGCGAAUCGUCUCAACGAUGACCUUGAGCUUCUCCGCGCCGAGCGCAUGGUCUCUAACCAGGAACAUGACCAGGCAUCCAGCUCUCGGAUGAGAAUCCGACACCACAGCCCCGAACCAGAGGAUGCCUUCAACCAGCCCGCCCAGGAACAAGUCCUGGAGAAGAAGAAAAAUACCAAUGCCGCCCUCUACAAGCUGUGGCUCUUCAUCAGCAAGUUCCCCCGCUUCUUUCGAUACAUCAUCUACCUUAUCCCCGGCGCCGCUUUGCUCCUCGCCCCCGUCUUGCUUGGCACGUACAGAUUCAAUGGGGUUAAAGACGCCGUUGGUGGUGUUGGUGGUGUCUAUCUUAUGUGGUUCGGCAUCUGGCUGGAAAUCGUUUGGUGUUCGCUGUGGGUGACACGGAUGAUUACGAAUCUUAUUCCUCCUCUAUUCCACGGCGUCGCCCGAAUGGUCGGGUCGACCAAUGCCCACAAGUGGCGGGACAUUGGACAGCGUCUCGAACUGCAUACGGCCAUGUUUCUGUGGUUUCUAGCCAUCCUCAUCUCCUUCAAGCCUACCAUGAACAGCCACCGUGCUCCGGUCCCAGAAGGACGAGAAGACGAAGUCGAUGUCCAUUGGAUUAGCAUCGUCAACAAGGUCAUCAUUGCGCUUUUUGUCCUCGCCGCACUCAACUUCGUGGAGAAGAUCCUUAUACAGUGGAUUGCGCAAAGCUUUCACCAGCGAACAUACGCCACUCGAAUCGAGAACAACAAAGGAGACAUCCGUCAACUGGUUCGCCUUUUUGAAUAUGCAAAGUCCAAGCUUGAGACUACCGACAGCUUUUGGAAAGACAGCGCUGGAAAUGCUUCUGCAAGUGGCUUGCAAACCCCUCUGAAAGCUUUCCACAACAAUGCCCGCCAGGUGCUGGGCAAAGUCGGUCAUGCUGCCGGCAGGGUGGGCAACGAUCUUCUGGGCCGUAAAGGGGCUGACAACAACCAUCCUCGGAGGAUCGUUGCUGAGCUGCUCCGCAGCACCGCAUCUGCGCACACUCUCGCGCGUCUCAUCUACCGGAGCGUCGUGCGGGAGGGCCGCGAGACUGUCCACCUGGAAGAUCUGCAGAUUGCCUUUGAAACUGUCGAGGAAGCUGAGGCAGCGUUUAGCAUGUUUGACAAGGAUCUCAAUGGUGACAUUUCCAUGGAAGAGUUUGAGACUGUUUGCAAUGAAAUUCAGCUCGAGAAGAAGGCCAUUGCAGCAUCGCUCAAGGAUCUUGACUCCGUGAUAAAGAAGCUCGAUAAAGUUUUUCUGGUCAUCAUCGUCAUCAUCGCCGUCAUCGUAUUCGUCGCCAUCCUGUCAGAUUCGACUGCUGCCGGUCUCGCUUCUGCCGGUUCCUCGAUCCUCGGCCUCGCGUGGGUGCUUCAGGCAACGGCUCAGGAGUUCCUCCAGUCCAUUAUUUUUGUCUUUAUUAAGCAUCCAUUUGAUGUAGGUGACCGUGUAACCAUCUAUGGUAACACCGGAGCCACACUGACGGGUGACGACUAUUAUGUGACGGAGAUUUCGCUGCUCUAUACCGAAUUCAAGAAGAUGCAAGGGCACAUUGUCCAAGCCCCGAACUCGCUUCUCAACACCGUCUUCAUUCUCAAUCAGCGACGAUCUAAUGGUCUUUCGGAUUCCAUUCCCCUCGAGAUGAAAUUUGGUACCCCGGGCCACCUGAUUGACGAACUCAAGGCUCGGAUGCUAGAGUUUGUCCAGGCCAAUAAGCGGGAUUAUCAGCCGAGCAUCAUUACUGAGAUGACUGGCUUUAAGGAAGUGAGAUCAUGUACUAUGAACAUAGUCUUUUUCCACAAGAGCAGCUUCCAAAACGAACUUCUUCGACUGAACCGCCACAACAAAUUUGUAACCGAGCUCAUGUACCAGAUGGUUCAAGUGGGCAUCGAAGCGCCGCUCAGAGUCGACCCUGGUGGCAGCCGAGACCAUCCUUUGUACUGGGCAAAUAUGCCCGCGCCACCAGCAUACAACAGCGCCGGCGAGAGCUCAACACACGGUCGUCCUCGGGCUACGUCUAGCAUCCGCAGCAUACCAAACCAAGAGCCCGCCGCAGGAGGGUUCCAGGAUGUAUUCGAAAAACGGCGAGAGCAUGUACAUAUGCAGAGGAUGGCGUCUAUCCGGGAGAAGGAGAGGGGGCUGCAGGAAGAGUCUGCUGCAGACGCUCGCGCAUCCACUUCAGCUCUGGCUCCAGUCAUUGUCGAUAGUGACCCCCGCAUACCAGCCAAUAUCGAGCCCCAGCCGCACCGGGGCUUGGGAUAUUAUUAG